AUGCUUCUCUAUAUCCGUGUAUGUUUACUUCUUCUUCUUCUAUUAGUAGUACUCUUUGCCGAUGAGAGUGGAAUAUCAUCACGGGUGCUGGCGAAGGAGUGCAGUGUUAAACAAGGCAUGCGGGCUUGGAAACACGAUGGUGGAAUGUUCUUGCGAGAGGGAACCACAUUAAUUUGGCAUGAAAUGGAUAAGAAAGGAACCCGCAUUGCCGCCUUUACUGAGGAGAUGCGGCAGGAUGGUCAAGUGAUUCUACGAGAUGAGAAACGAGAUAUGCAGAUACUCCUGCGGUCUGAUCUCUGUGCGAUGCGGCACGGCAAUCAGGAGGAGUUUCAUCAAUUGUACGCAGGGCAAUUCUUGAAAACAGUGGAUUGUACGUGA